GAGAAAUGACCACGUGAAUAGUUGUGGGUGCAACUGUUCAUUCUUAAAACUGCAACUAUUCACAGGCUGAUUUCUUUUUUUCCUUUUGUUUCUGCUUGCACAAAUUUUUGUUCAAUAUCAGAUUUUGUAUGAAUGUAGUCCUUGUAUGCUCUGCUUAUUUAUAUUUUGUCUUUCUCUGGAAGAGGAAGGGAACUGAACUCAGCCACCUCAUUGCUAUCGGAGGAGAUCGCUGCUAGCCCAACUACUUCCAUCUGAACUGGCAGACCGAACACACAUCUCAAACACAGGAGGGGGUUGCAUUGCAGGUUCCUGCGAUCUUGUUGGAGGAGUGACCCGGAGAUAUUGGGCACCAUGUCAUGGGAUACAUUUGUGAUGCUGCUCCUUGUGACUCUGCAGCUUUCAAUUUGCUCUCGCGCGUGCCAACACGGGGGAGCUGCUGCUAACUGGCUGUCAGAAAUGUGCCACACAUCAACGGGGUCCCAUGUCCUGCACAAAUUAAAAAUAGCAUCAGUGCACAUGAAGUCUGUAAAUGUGAUGAACAAUGCUCUAAUCAAUUGUUAAUCUUUUGCACGAACUGAGUUAACACCUGCGUUUGCUUGAUUUUGAAAUGAACACAGAUCGCGGGGGCAUGGCAUGUGUGCUUCUGCUGUAGGCCUCAGGCAGAUGAACAGCAAUUUUUGUGCUGUCACAAUUGCAACCCACCUUUAUUAUUCAGACUCUCGCUGAGUACAGUGUAAACGCGAAGAAGAAAAUAGACAAAUAAAUUGGAACCUAAAAGCUCUCUACUUUAUUGGCACACACGGGGGUGUACACGCCCACGCGUUUGCCUUGUACCAACUGAGGUAGCUAGGCUCCGCCACGGACCUAGUGGAGUGUUCUUCCUCUCAGGUCUCAGCCAUGUUUGUUCAAGGCAGAGAAAGUACAGAGAAAGAGGUCUCAGCCAUCAGUUGCUAGUGUCGCAGUUCACAUUAGCGUGUCGGUCCAAGGAUCUCUCUAUUUAACCCUGCACGCGAACCCCUUCUCUUAUCUGCAGUCUCCAAGUUCAGACUUCAGAGGUGUCGCUGUAGCAGUGUAGCUUCGCUUGCACUUGCACCUGCUGCAUUGCACGCUUUCAGAAGAUGCCAUCACUGCAGGUUCUGCUGCUGCUCUUGCUCGCCCUGAUCUCGCUGUCCUCUUCAGCUCGAGGCUAUGGCGUCGGCCGCUGGAUCAGUGCGCACGCCACCUUCUACGGCGGCGCCGACGCCUCCGGCACGAUGGGCGGCGCGUGCGGGUACGGCGACCUGUACAGCCAGGGUUACGGCACGGAGACGACGGCGCUGAGCACGGCGCUAUUCAGCGGCGGUCUGAGCUGCGGCGCGUGCUUCGAGCUGCGGUGCGCCGGCGGCCGCGGGUCGUGCGCGCCGGGCGGCUCCGUCGUGGUGACGGCCACCAACUUCUGCCCGCCCAACUACGCGCUCCCCAGCGGCGCCGGCGGGUGGUGCAACCCGCCGCUGCGGCACUUCGACCUGUCGCAGCCGGCGUUCCUCCGCAUCGCCCGGUACCGCGCCGGCAUCGUCCCCGUCGCCUACCGCCGGGUGCCCUGCAGGCGGCGGGGCGGCAUGCGCUUCACCGUGAACGGCCACCCCUACUUCAACCUGGUGCUGGUCAGCAACGUGGGCGGCGCCGGCGACGUGCGCGCCGUGGCCGUGCGGGGCGGCGCAGGCGCCCGGGCGCGGUGGCGGGGCAUGGCCCGGAACUGGGGCCAGAACUGGCAGAGCGGCGCGCGCCUCGACGGGCAGGCGCUCUCCUUCAGGGUCACCACCAGCGACCGCCACUCCGUCGUCUCCUACAACGUCGCGCCCGCCGGAUGGGCCUUCGGCCAGACGUUCACCGGCGGCCAGUUCCCGUAGUUAAGAUCGGGCCGGAAUGCUGCCACACGUUCGGCACGCAGAGUGGGUUCAUCUUUCAAUACAUUUAUACGAGAUCUUGUACGACUCGUGUAUUCCAAACGAACCUGCACUUGGUGACUCAGAGUGGUGGAAAUCUCUGAGCAU